AUAAAUAAAUAACAAUACACCAUAUCAGUAGGUAAAAGGGAAGUUUUAUUGAGAGUAAGGAUGUGAAGUGAGCUGUUAUUACUGACCCGGGCCGCGCGGGGGAGCUGUGACGUCACACCCGGAAGUGACGCAGGCGGCAGAGUGACAGUGACGAUCUCGACGAUGGCUACUCAGGUGUGUUUCCGUGGUAACCGCUUGGUCCCUCGGUUGUUAAGGACCCAGGUGCGCUGCUUCUCCUGCAGUGUGUCGGUUGGACAGAUCCGAUCUCGCGGUGAGUUGGACCAUCACACACGCCCUGUAACGCCCCUGCCGUUCUCGCGCUCAGCCAUCGGAGCUUUCUUCCAGGAGCAGCCUGAGCUUAGAAACCCAUUUACCCAGGAUGCACUGCUGCAAGGAUACCUGCGCAGACACCUGCCUCUGCAGGAGGUCGAGCUGGACCUGCGUGAGUUCGGCGAGCGUGUUGUGGGUGAGAUCGAUGAUCUGGGACGUCAGUGUGAGCAGAAUCCCCCCCGACUGCACCCGUAUGAUGCGUGGGGUCGCCGUGUCGACCGCAUCAUUACCUGUGACGCAUGGACCCGCCUAAAGCACAUCUCCGCACAGGAGGGGCUGGUGGCUGCGGGAUACGAGCGCCGCUUCGGCGAGUGGAGUCGUGUGUAUCAGAUGAGUAAGUUGUACCUGUUUGCACCUUCUGCCGGUCUCUACACCUGUCCACUGGCCAUGACUGAUGGAGCAGCCAAAGUUAUAGAGUCUUUGGGCAUGCCUGUUAGGGAGGUGUUUGAGCGCCUGACGACCCGGGACGAGAAACGCUUCUGGACAUCGGGUCAGUGGAUGACGGAGAGAAAGGGAGGAUCAGACGUCGGUAACGGGACGGAGACGGUGGCCCAGCGGCAGGACGACGGCUCGUACCGACUCUACGGGUUUAAAUGGUUCACUUCAGCAACGGACUCUGACAUCACACUCACGCUCGCUCGAAUCGCAGAUCACCACGGCGACACCAUACAGGGCAGUAAGGGCGUGUCCCUGUUCUGUGCGGAGGUGUGGGACUCUGAGGGCCGGACUAACGGAGUGGAGAUCCAGAGGCUGAAGGAUAAACUCGGGACACGGCAGGUUCCCACUGCUGAGCUGCUGCUGGACGGCACCAGGGCACGACUGCUGUCGGAGGAGGGAAGGGGCGUGGCCUCUAUCGCCAACAUGCUGACUCUGACUCGAAUCUAUAACACAGUGUGUGCUGUCGCUGGCAUGAGAAGAAUAACCCAGUUGGGCAGGGAGUACUCCACCAAGCGUCAUGUGUUUGGGAAGCUGCUGAAGGAUCACCCACUGCAUGUACAGACCCUCAGUAGACUGGAGGUAGAAACUCGGGCUGCGUUCCUGUUGAUGAUGGAAGUCUGUCGUCUUUUGGGACGAGAAGAAACAGGAGCAGCUACAGAGCGAGACACACACCUGCUGAGACUGCUUACACCUGUAGCUAAACUAUACACCGCCAAACAGACGGUUGCUGUAGUGUCGGAGGGACUGGAGUGUUUUGGGGGCCAAGGUUAUAUGGAGGACACGGGUCUUCCUGCCAUUCUCCGAGAUGCACAGGUGUUGAGUAUAUGGGAAGGCACCACUAAUGUUCUCUCUCUGGAUCUCCUGCGCUCCAUCUCUAAAUCCUCAGGACGUGUACUGCAGGCCUUCUUCUCUGAUGUGGAGGAGCGGUUGCGCGGUGCCGGUCCCACCCUCCAGCCUGCAGCACAGAGCCUGAACUCGUCUCUGUCCGCUUUAGCUCGGUUCAUCCGGAGCGCCGAGUCUCGUCCGGCGGAGAGCCUUCAGCUCGCGGCACGGGACUUAGCAUACAGCAUCGCACGCAUUUACAUGGGAGCUCUGUUAGUGGAUCAUGCCUCUUGGGAAGGAGCAUCACCACCAGAUGUCUAUGCUGCCCUGAGAUGGUGUGAGCAUGAUGUCUGUCCUGUAGUGAGCGGGGAGCUCCGAGGGUGUUACGGCACCGACGCCACACUAAACGACUCUCAGCUCGUUUACCAAGGACUGGAGAAGCAGGACGCCUGAGAGAGAGCACACACACACGCGCACACACACGCAGGCAUGCAUACACACACAUAUACAAAGUAAUAACUCAUAGAAUGAACAUGGACCAGUGAUGUGUAAUAAAGAUAAUAAUGUUAGCAUUAAUUAGAGUAAUGAUGCAGUUUACUGUGAAUUAUUUCCGCGUGAUUAGCGUGAUUAGCGUGAUUAGCUCAAGGCCCCGACUCGGCCUCUAAAUUCUCCAGAUCACAAUCUGAUCGAGUCCCAUCCACAGGACAAACACACCCGAUCCACAGAGGCUCUGACCCCAAAAUCCUGGUGCCAGACCCCCCAGCGCCCCCCAGAGGCCCUCCGGAGCCACCCCGGGGGCACAGGGGAAACAGAAAACUAUUUUUGUAUUGUUAUGCUACAAACGAUUGUAGAUUUUUGUGUGUAUAAAUAACAUUUGUGUAAUUAAUGUUACUUACAGACGUGUUGGUUUAUUGUAAUUAGUGCACAAUUAGUAGACAAUCAUUAAUCUACACCAAGCAUCCCAUAAUACUGUGUUUAAAGGAAUGUUAAUACGUUAUAUAAAUCAUUUGUCACAUGAAGUUGA